GAGGUAGAUGAGGUGGUAGAGUUGUUAUGAACCAUCAAGCCAACAACUGCUGCUGGGGUCUUGUUAUCACUUAUCUAGCUUCCUCACACUUAUUCUGCAGUUUGUACUUGUGUUGUUGACCGUGUGGGUCGCAGCACUGUGUGCUCACUUGCUUGGUGUUGAAUCACAGCUCCUGGCCCCUGGGGGGUAGGGAACAUGAGUGAGGAAGAUACUGGAAGCCACAUAGGAGAAGCAAUCAGCAAGUUGAAGGACAUAUUGGAUGAGUCUCGUCUCAAGUAUGAAGAUAGUGACACCAAUGCCAGCCAUUAGGCUUUUUGAGGAGUAGUGUGGCUUGGAAAACCUCCAAGCUCUACUUAUCCUAAUGUUACGAGCUAUUGCAGUUGGUAUCCCCGUUGGUCUUACCUUUGUGGAUUGCUUUGGUUAUGUUGCAAAGGUAGAAGGUAUAUCCAUGCAACCAGCCUUGAAUCCUGAGAGUAAUGGCAAUAAUGAUUUUGUUUUCCUGAGUCGUUGGAGCUCCAAGUCUUUUUCUUACGAUCGUGGUGACAUGGUAUCACUGAUAUCACCCAAAGAUCCUAGCCAGAAAAUUAUUAAGCGCAUAAUUGCCCUUGAAGGUGAUCUAAUUCAUACUAUUGGGUACAAAAGUAGAUACAUACGUAUCCCAGAGGGCCAUUGUUGGGUGGAGGGUGAUCAUACAGGCCAUUCAUUAGAUUCAAAUUUCUUUGGACCAGUGGCUGUAGGACUCAUAACUGCCAAAGCUUCUCAGAUUGUCUGGCCUCCUAAACGUUGGCAGCGAUUAGAGAGCGAGUUGCCAGAUGAGCGAAUUCCUCUCAAUUUGCGUGGUGUUUCUGGCAGGAGAUUCGAUACUAGUGAAGCAAUUGAUAUGCUAGAUAUAGAAGAGUGAAAUAUAAAUACUUCGUAUUAUAUUUUAAU